GGCUGGGCUGGCGGCGGCGGGCCCUGCCCGGAGCCGUGCCGCGGCGAGCCCCGCCGGGCGGAGAGCGGCCAUGGGCGGCGGGCGGUGAUCCCCCGCCCCGCCACGCCUCGCCUCCCUCAUCGCCAGGCAGGGCAGCAGCUAUGGAGGAGGAGAGCAUGGAGGAGGAAGGCGGCGGCGGCUGCGAGGCCAUGAUGGACGACCAGAACCACAACAACUGGGGCGCCGGCGGCUACGGGCGGCACCUGCUGGGCCCCGCCGCCGCCGCCCCGCUCGGUAACAGCCUCCUGCGCGGCCCCGCCGCCGGGCCUACGGCCGGCCCGGAGCUCUCCGACGUGCCCGAGGCCAACGGCGUGCUGCGGGGCUGCGAGCCGGGCAAGGGGGGAGCCGGAGCCAUCGCCGCCGCCAUCAACAUCAACGCCUCGACCUCCAAGUUCCUAAUGAAUGUUAUAACAAUUGAAGACUAUAAGAGCACAUAUUGGCCAAAGUUGGACAGUGCCAUAGAUCAGCUUUUAACUCAGAGUCCUGGUGACUACAUCCCUAUCUCCUAUGAACAAAUAUACAGUUGUGUGUAUAAAUGUGUAUGCCAGCAGCAUUCGGAACAGAUGUAUAGUGACCUAAUAAAAAAGAUAACUAACCACUUAGAGAGAGUCUCAAAGGAGCUGCAGGCCAGCCCUCCAGAUCUCUAUAUUGAAAGAUUUAACGUAGCUCUUGGACAGUAUAUGGGAGCAUUGCAGAGCAUUGUGCCUCUUUUCAUAUAUAUGAAUAAAUUUUACAUAGAAACCAAGCUUAACAGAGACUUAAAAGAUGACCUUAUAAAGCUGUUUACGGAACAUGUUGCAGAAAAGCACAUUUACAACCUAAUGCCUUUACUUUUGGAAGCUCAGUCAACGCCGUUUCAAAUAACUCCUUCAACCAUGGCAAAUAUUGUGAAAGGCCUGUAUACACUACGACCAGAAUGGGUACAGAUGGCACCAGCUUUAUUUUCUAAAUUCAUCCCAAAUAUUCUACCCCCUGCUGUGGAAUCUGAGCUUCAGGAAUAUGCUGCUCAAGACCAGAAGCUUCAAAGAGAGCUUAUGCAGAAUGGAUUUGAUAGAGGUGACCAGUCACGCAAGAGAGCUGGAGAAGAGUUAACUUACAAUGGCUCGUCAGCUUGUGCAAGCUCCAGGGGGUACAGAUAGUGAAUAUAUUGGAUCAGCUUCUCUUCCCAGCCAGAACAGACACUGGAGGAGCAGGUGGUAUCCGGAGCCUCCUUUGGCAACUGCUGAUACUCAAGCUCUGACAUGAACUAUGCCUCAAAGAAGAGCUUUGGACUUUCUUCUUUAAAUAAGAAAAUGUCAGUUGCUGCUAUAAUUGAGAUGACUUUGAAAGACAUGAUUCCUUGGUCUGGCCUCUCAACAAGUUCAUGUUCUGUGAUUUUUUUGUGAGGAAUGCACCUUGAAAAACAAUCCUUUCAAAGUGGAAACGGGCAGCCGAAAUCAGCAGCUUCCAAAAGCGUUAGAAUGGAAGAAUCUUUUUUGCACUCUUUUCUUAAUAUUAAGGACAUUCUUAAAACUAGUUAACACGUCAGUGUAUUAGUUUUUAAACAAGGUAUUUUCUGGAGCUUUUACUUAAAUAAUAAGAAUAAAGUUUCAUUAUUUUGCAGUAUUUGUUCAUUAGUUUAAAAACUGUCACCUUUUAAGAGUUGGUCCCAUAUAAAUGUAUCUUCUGUCAGGGAGUCUUAAAUUCCAGAUUUUUCUUUUAUCUCUUUUUUUUUUUUUUGGUGUUAUUUGGUAUUUUGAAAUCUGUUUUCCUAUGUGUUUGUACUCUGUGCCUUCAGCUCGUGCACUUUGCAACUUUAUAGACCAUAUUUUGUUACUGCAAAAUGUGUUCUUGAGGAAAACUUGAUGUGAACAAACAUGCUGCAAAGUUGCACUUUUCUCUUGCAUUAACGGGAGGUGUAUUUAAGAAGGAAGAAAAGUUGAACCUAUCACCAUCACUAAUAGUGACUUGGAAGUUUGUCCCCUUUUAUUUUCCUGUGUGUUAGUGUUUGAUGCUGGGACCAACUCUUGUAGAACCCCUCUCAUUGACUUUUCACUGGCUUCCAUAAUUGCAAUAGAUUGAGAUGUGAAUUCCA